AUGACUGACAAUGCUGGCGUUGAGGAGGAUUACGUGAAAUUGGAGUGUGGCGGGGCCCAGUGCCAGCCGGAAAUUUCGACGUCUGAUUGUUGCGAUGACGGAGGGUGGUUGUGGUCUUUGUGGUGGUGGGGGAAAUUGCUGCUCGUGGUCUUGUUUGUUGCCGUGUUUGGCGCGGUUUUCCUCAAAUGGAUUGGGCCAUUUUUUAUGGAUAAGGAAAUCAUCCCCAUGAUAAAAUGGGAGCAGAGAGCUUUCAGCACAGCUAUUCUAGGAGUCAUAGUGUUUGCUUCUCUGGCAAUAUUCCCUGUAUUUCUUAUACCUUCUACACCAUCCAUGUGGGUUGCCGGGAUGACUUUUGGUUAUGGUUCUGGUUUUCUGAUGAUCAUUGGUGGUGUUUCGAUUGGUAGUUCUAUUCCUUAUUUCAUUGGUUCUUUAUUCUACCAUAGAAUUCAUGUAUGGCUAGAAAGGCACCCAAAGCGAGCUUCUAUCAUAAGACUAGCUGGCGAGGGAAACUGGUUUAGUCAGUUUCGAGCUGUUUCCUUGAUCAGGAUUUCCCCUUUUCCAUAUGUCAUAUAUAACUACUGCGCUGUGGCUACGGAUGUCAAAUAUGCUCCUUAUUUGUUGGGGACUGUGGUAGGAAUGGCGCCAGAAAUAUUUGUCGCACUUUACACGGGCAUACUGAUUAAAACAUUAGCUGAUGCUUCACAAGAUCGGAAGUCUCUGUCAGUUUCGCAGAUUGUGAUGAAUGUGGCCAGGUUUUGCAUCAGUGUGAGCGCGACUGUAGCAGUCGCAGAUUGUGAUGAAUGUGGCCAGGUUUUGCAUCAGUGUGAGCGCGACUGUAGCAGUGACGUGGUACGCAAGAGGCGACUGAAGGAGCUACAGAUGCGAGAGGAGCUUUUGUUGCAGUGA